UACAGGUGCUGGAUAUUUAAGAGGUGUUAUGGAGUGCUGGGGUGGGAGAAGAGCACAACACAUGCGGUGUGAAGGGCUACAUGUCAGCAGUGUGGUGGUGCUCGUGGCGCUUGGGACAAUGGCUUACUACAUCACUAGUCACCUGCCUACACCCCUGACCUGGUUCACACCCUCAUGUACACUAGAAUGUGUGGAGACGUACUUCGCUGGCAAGAACAGCUUGGGGAAUCCUGCUCUGAUACCAGUGUUGAGGGACAAGUACCUUCACCCUCCCCCGGCCACUCCUAACACUGAGGGGUUCGACAUCUACCGUCCUCCAUGGAGAGAACUUCUGAACUGGUACAAAGUCCAAGAAACCCUCAAAGAACUGUGGGAAGACCAGGGUCCAGGGGUGUUCGUGGAGGUCGGCAGUGGAUGUAAUCUUGAGCUGGACAGGGUUCCUGAUCGGGCAGAUCGUCGUUCUACCAGCAUUCUAACAGACUGCGCGGCAAUGCUUGGACCUCCCCCACCUGCGUCUACCCCAACACUACCUNCCCAGUGCGGUAUGUCAUAUACACUAUGGAUGAGGGAUCUCAUAGAAGACCUUCCCCAGGAGCUACAGGGUCUCGUCAUGGCCAGAAGUAAAUUAUCUCACGAAACAACAUUAAUGGACAUGCAGCAGGGCAAGUUGACGUACGUGACGUGUGUCCCACUCUCCAGACUGCUGUUAGCUGCUAAUAUGACCCAGAUCGACCUCCUCACCAUCGCCACAGGGACAGAAGCUGAUCAACUGAAAAUCAGAGACGUCAUCUUCAACUCUAAGACAUUCACCGUCAAAACGCUGCUAAUCCAGUACCCGAGAUCGUACUUGUUGGAUCACCCGUACCCUAUUAUCCGUGGCUACAUACACGACACUGUGCGGUCACAGCUGCUGGUGAGGCUCUACUGGCGCCUCUCAGACUGCCGACUGCUGCAGAAGGGCUCCUGUUGGAGGAGCAAGCACUACGACCUGGUCGACUCCUGCUUGAUGUACCGCUGCAUGGGAUUUGCUACUGUCUGGACCUUUGAUAUGGAGUCAUUGCAGACGAAUAAUACUCAAACUCAAGCACCCGUAACUGAAUAAAAAUAUGUGCUCUUCGAAUUUUAUUUGAGAGGGAAUUUCGAAUCUGCAUCUGGUCCCGCCUCCAUGACUGCUGUGAUUCCUAUUACCAAUUACUGGCUUCUUGGGCCUUAUCAUAAAUCCAUAGUCAAUCAGUUAAUCCUAUUUUUUAAGAUUGUAUUAAGUUUGCUUCUUUAUUAGUCAUUCCACUUUUCAUCCAUCCUAAGAAUAAACAAAUACAUCCUAACAUUUCUGUGGAAAAUUGCAUUUAUCUGAAUGUAACUAAUUAUGUACAUAACAGUAAAUGAUAAAGAUAAUUAUUAUAUAUCAGUUACAUAGACAAGUAGGAAUUUGGGACACCUAGGUCGCAAAAAAUGUCCCCCUUCGAUACCUACCACUGUCAUAACUACAUGUUGCUCUGGACCUAUUAAUUAAAUGAAAUAUACAUACACCAGGAAUACUGGUAAAUAUAUAAAUUUGUGGACUGUAUAUUAAAAAUAAAUGGUUAUAUAUAUAUACACAAUUACAUAACAGAAGGAAAAUAUAUCUUAAUAUCACUCACCAAUUUGACUGGAGAUUAAUGUGUAUCAUACUCAGAAAACCUCACUCUAACUAAAUCUAUGAAAAUAAUGCUGGCCAGAAUUACACACAACUCUAGAGAGCUUAUCUGAGGUUCCUGGAGCUGUCUUGUCCAGUCGUCUGAUAUCUCACGUUAUGCAGGAAUGCACAUCCACCAAUUUCGCCUCCUAUUUGAGAGGUGUCAACACAAUUUUAACCUCUAGAGCACGAAAAAUUCUUCCCAUUACACCACCGUUUGUACAAAAUUCAAAACCAAGAUGGCGAGUCUCCUGCCCAGACGCAGGCUUUCCGUUUUCUAUGACAAAUAUUAUUAAAUACAGUAUAGGCCAUCUAUUUACAUAUAAAUACUGAAUUUCUGGAAAAUAUAUACAGUAUUUUCCACAAUUUCAAUGAUUUCUGUGUCUCAAGUUUUAACCUGUGUUCAGUUUUUCCAUUUGUCUAUAUAUAUAUUUAUCCUAUUAAUUUCUCAUGUAAUUAUUUGUCAUUAUCAUAUCCAUUUUUCCGCCGACGUCGUCAGGUUCAGUUUUGUCAAUUUCUUCUAACAGCAAUUUUUUUUGUGUGUGUGUGUACACAAAGUGGAAAUUAGCCACAAUAAUAUUGUGGAAAAUUUUGAUAAUUUUCCUAUUGUUUAUAGAUAAUAAUUGAUAGAGAUAAUAAUGUUGUGUAACGUUGAUGUGACUUUUGAAAGGCAGUAAGUUAAUUAAGUGGAAUUAUUGUAAUAUUAAA